AUGGUGCCCGCACCACCGUCUCUGCCCACUCGGUUUCCGUGCUGGUGCAGAGCCGUCUACUCUUGGGGAGGAGAGUCCAAGCGAGAUCUCGGCUUCAUCGAAGGCGACCUAAUCGAAUGCCUCAAUGCCGGCGACGGCUCUUGGUGGACAGGCAGGUUAUGGCGCGACCGAAGGACGAUAGGAGUGUUUCCUUCCAACUUUGUUGAGGUUCUGCCCUCCGAUUUCCGGCCCACAACCAGAUCCGCCAGCCCGCUCCCCGCAGACACGCCGAGCCCGAGUACACCUCAAAAGUCAAGAACUUUCCGAAAGCCCUUCGAAGCAUACUCCAAAGCGCCGCACUACACAGCAGCGAAACAGCCCGAAGUCUACCGGACGAACCCCAAUACGAGACCUAGAGGGCACUCUGGGGAAUCCAUUCACAGCGCGAUGGUUGAGCAAAGCAGGAGAGAUCGGUCACCGGCGCCAGAAGCGUAUGUUUCGAGGGAGAACUCGUUCAAUAGUGCUGUCUCGAAUAGAAUGCGAGCGUACACGUCGCCAGCCCCGACCGGCUAUGUAUCACGAGGCAACUCGUUCAACGACGGCGAGCAGCAGUACACAUCGAGAGGGAGAACCCCCGUCCCAAGGGCUAGGACACCCGUUCCCGACUACGGCCACGGAUCGAGAGUGAACUCAUUCAACACGGAACGAGGCCCAUCCCCCAUCCCACCAUCUCAAGGCUACAGCUCAAGAGGUGUUUCGCCGGCUCCUUCGAUAAGCUAUAAGCCAUAUCGUCCUCCCACCCGAGAAAGAGUGGACUCUCCUCCACCUCCAGCGCCACCUCCACAUCGACACGUAGCAGCGUCGCGGCAUAAGCAGAGCAUAUCCUACGAUAGUCGACACGACGUUUCCCGUCAAGAGUCCAAUGCCUCCCACGACAACCGCUUUCACCCGGGGAGGCAAGGUUCUGGGAACUCUUUUGACAAACGACUUGAUUUUAUGCGCCAAGACUCGACUGCGUCAUACGAGAAUCGGCACUCCACCUCGGACAGGCAAGGCUCACAUCUUUCUUACCAGGCUCAUCGACCGCCGCCGAUACAGACAUCCAGGCUGCACUCGCCGUGCCCGCCUUCCCCCUCGGCCAGUCACAUGACUCCUUCACCAUUGCGAGAGGCAAUGGACGGCGUAAUAGAGCAGCUGGACGCCCUUGGCAUGCCUCGAGAUCCAACUCCUGAACCGCCACUCGAUCCAUGGUCGCCCGAAUCUUUCAACAUGGUCAAUGACCGUGCGAGGAGAAGAAACACUUACCAAAGACCACAGACAUCCAUGGGCAUAGCACAGCCAGACGAAGGUUACGAGACCUGGAGCGGCGGAUCUUCGCGAGACCAAUCCCACCAAAACGGGCACCGAGAGGACAAGGAACAGCUACCUCAAUUAAGUAACUACGUCGAACGUAUGGAAAGUCGUCUCAAAAAAAUGCAUCAACAUAGCGCAAGUAUGGCUGACCUUGAGGACGAGGCACCAAAGCCGCCACCCAAAGGCCAGUUAUACGAGAGACCCAAGUCUUCAAUGAGUGGACCGGAGGAGAGGAAACUCAACAAACGGAAGUCAGCCUACGACAUUGGCCGCAACGUGCUGAACAGGACAUUUACUACCAAGACCAACUCUACCAGCGCCUCUUCAGGCAACCAGAGCUCGACAACGCAGAGCAGCGACAGGAGUUUGAUGAGUGGGUCAUCAGCCGGCGCCAUUAGCGCUACAAGCGCGGGCAGUCUCGCUCGCAAGACUCAAAAGCGUGCCCAGAGUGCCCUGGGCAUGCGCGACGUCGAUGUCGAGCGCCCAGAAACCCCCUUCACAGGCAUCACCUAUCACAGCAGCCACGCGUCAGACGCUGCCAGGCCAAAAUCUACAGUCGGCUUCCAUGAUGACGCAGGACUUGGAGGCCUCGUCACUCCGAAACCCGCGAAAAGAAGCAUCUUCAAGAAGCUCCUCGACACGGCAAAGACUGGGGUGGCCUCCGGGCGCAGUAGUAUUGCGAUGGGCGCCGACUCGCCCAGGUCAUCGCCUUUCGCCCGCUCCAUGCCUAAUGUCGCCGCCGGGGCUAACGCCAGCAUCUCCAACUUGUCCGCCAUGGGAAGCUCUGGCCUUACUAGGGAAGCAGCCAGAGACAUGGGUCCUGCCAACGGAGUCGACUGGGUCCAGGUUCGAAGAGAUGUCAACCGGUCCAACUCUCUGAGCAAGAACGAGAGGGACGAACGCAAAGACCGCUGUCAGAUGCUCGACUACCCUGCGCUGAACCCGAUCGAUGAAUUGUUUGAGGGCAUGGAGGGUGACGAAGGGGCUGACGGCAUGCCUGUGGAGGAUCCCAUCGACUACCAGUCGCUCAACCUGACACAAGUUGACAAGAACUCGAGGUUUGUGAGCAGUCUUCCGGCGACGAUAACAGCGCAAAGCGUCGCAACGACCUACGUCUGCCGGCCCUAUCGGAGCGACGUUCAAAGACUGCGGGCCAUAUUCACUUGGGUGUCGGAGAAAAUCCUUUGGGAAGAGGACUUUGAAGGAGUGGUUGACACCCGGAGAGUUGUGCAGUCGAAGCGAGCAAGCGCCGAGGAGUACGCCGUCCUCGUGAUGGAGAUGUGUUCCGCUGUCGGCAUCCAGUGUGAGGUCAUCCACGGCUAUCUCAAAACGCCCGGUGAAAUUCCUGAGCAUAACAUCAUGCCUAGGGCGAAUCAUUGGUGGAACGCCGUUCUUGUCGACAACGAAUGGCGGAUGAUGGACUGCUGCAUGGCCAGCCCUUCCUACCCCAGAAGGCAUCUUUACUCGAGCGCUAGCAGUAACGUGGCCGACUUUUGGUGGUUCCUUGCGCGGCCGACAGAGCUCUGUUGGACGCACAUUCCCGAACACCACACCCAGCAGCACAUUUGCCCCCCGCAGGCCCAUGAAGUCUUGCUCAACCUUCCUUGCGCUUGCCCUCCAUUCUUCAAGAACAUGCUUGAGAUGGUUGAUUACAAUACGGCAGCCACCCGCAUCGAAGACCUGGAGAUGGUGCAUAUCAAGUUCAACACUCCGCCAGACGUGGAGGUUGCUGCUGAGGUGGAGGUCCGAGCCUACACCAGAGACGCCGAUGGCGAUGUUUUCGAGAGCGGCGAAGUUGUGAGAAAGAGAGCACUGGCCCAAGCGGAGUGGUUCAACGGCACCAAGCGAUACACGGUCAAGGCUCUACUGCCUGGGGACGAAGGUCAAGGAGUCUUGAAGAUCUACGCCGGCAAGCGUGGUCUGAUGCACAGCAUCAAGGACAUUCCCCAUCCAGUGGCUUUCGCUUUGCCAAUAAUCCACACGGGUGAGAAUCCUCCGUAUGAGUUCGUGACGCGACACCCGACGCCGCAUGCGCAGCGUCACGACAUUUACGUUGUUCAGCCCCAGUGUCAACGGCUUGCUUUGAACAACACUUUUGUGUUUGCAAUUCGACAACAUCCCAGCUCUGUCGGUGGGGGUGGCUCGGCGAUGACCCCAUCGUCGAAUCCCGGGGGCGCAAGCCCGAUACCUUUCGCCAGACCGGGCUCAGCCAUGAGCAUGACGGCCUCCAUCGCCAGUGGGUCGAAUCUAAGUUCGGUGGCUGGAGGUGGGAAAAAGCCCGCAAAGCUUGCAAUCCAGACUCCUGGCGGCAAGAUUCUCCGUCUCAUGCGCAAGGAAGAGCGCAGGGGAGUCAGUGUUGGCAGCAGAGCAGUGGAAGACGACCUUGGUGACGGUGGUACGUGGGAGACCAUCAUCAAGUGUUCGGAGAAGGGUGUGUGGAGGGGACUGGUUUUGGCGGACCGCACCGCGCGAUGGUGCGUAUUCGCCGAAUGGGUGUGUGUUGGAUGA